UCCCAACUUACACAUGUGAUAAGCCGUGUACCUAUAUAAAUACUCCUCCACACGAUGAAAAUUUAAUGCUUUCAUCUUUCUAAGCAGCACAUGCAACUCCUAGAUUGUAUUCAGAAACAAGCCAUGGCAUCCUUAACAAAAAGGGUUCCCAAUUUCCAAGUAGUUCCUUGCAUAAUCAUUUUUGUCUGUGUUAUCAUCCUUCCGUUUGUCUCUUCAUCUCGUUUUGCUGUGGCUCACGUUUCUACUGCAACUAAAACAAAUGCAGAAGGAAGUGAAACAUUCGCUCUCCUGACGUGGAAAGCUAGCCUUGACAAUCACAGCCAAUCUCUCCUUUCAUCAUGGAAUGAAAGUAGUCAUUGCACUUGGGUUGGAAUUGGUUGCAACGAGGACACUAAAGUAACCAAUUUGAACCUCACGAGUAUAGGUUUGAGAGGUACGCUUUCGAGUCUUAACUUCUCUUUGUUCUCUCAUCUAGUUAAACUUGAUCUGUCCAACAACUUAAUCUAUGGGACCAUUCCCUCGCAGAUUGGCAACCUGUCGAGACUCACCUCCCUUAACAUGUCCCUCAAUCUUCUUUCGGGAACAAUUCCUUCAGAAAUAGGAUUGCUAAGCUCUCUCAGUUCUCUGUCUUUGUGGUCUAACAACCUCACGGGUUCAAUACCUCCAACUAUAGGAAAUUUGGAUAACUUAAUCGAGUUAUACCUUUAUGAGAACAAACUUUCUGGAUCCAUCCCUCAAGAAGUUGCGACGCUUAGGUCUCUCUCUAAUCUUUCACUAUCGCGGAACAACCUUACUGGUUCAAUUCCUGCAUCUUUAGGGAACUUGGGCAAUCUUACAAUUUUGUACCUUCAUAACAACAAACUUUCUGGAUCCAUCCCUCAAGAAGUAGGAAUGCUAGGAUCUCUCAUUGAUCUUGGGUUGUCAGCAAAUAAUCUCACAGGGUCAAUCCCUGCUUCAAUAGGGAACAUGGAAAACCUCAACAGAUUGUCGCUUCAUACAAACUCUCUCUCUGGAUCUAUCCCUCUAGAACUAGACAACCUUAGAAAUCUACGAGUGCUUGACAUAAGCUCUAACAAGAUCACAGGUCAUCUUUCGCCGAAUACGUGCAUUCAUGGAUCACUCAUGAGACUGCUUACAGCAAAAAACUACUUAACAGGUUGUAUCCCGAAUAUCUUGAGAAAUUGCAUUGAGUUGCGUCGUGUUAGGUUAGAUCAAAACCAACUGACGGGGCAUAUAUUAGAAGCUUUUGAGACACUCCCAAACCUUGAAUAUCUGGAUUUGAGUUAUAAUAAAUUCCAUGGUGAGCUUUGGCAGAACUGGGAACAGUUUCCCAAUUUGAGUAGCCUAAAGAUCUCCAACAAUGACCUCUUUGGAAAUUUACCACCUGGGAUUGGAAGUGCAACUCGGUUACAGUUACUUGAUCUCUCUUCAAAUCAUCUACUUGGUGAGGUCCCAAAGAAUUUGGGAAAGUUGGUUUUAUUGUUCAAUCUUUCUUUUAGCAAUAACAAACUUUCUAGCGAUAUUCCACCAGAAAUUGGAAGCCUGUCUAGUCUUCAGCAUCUUGACUUGUCCGGAAACAAUCUUAGUGGACCAAUUCGAGGGGAAUUGGGUGGUUGUGUGAAUCUUCUGAACUUGAACUUAAGCAGAAAUCUUCUCACGGAGACUAUUCCUUAUGAAUUAGGAAAAUUGCACUUUCUUCAAAAUCUUGAUCUUGGAAACAACUUAUUAACAGGUGAGAUACCACCAAGGAUCGGGACCCUGGAAAGCUUAGAGACACUAAACCUCUCCCACAACUUGUUGUCCGGUUCUAUUCCCUCCUCUUUCAAGGGAUUGUCAAGCUUAAUAUCUGUUGACAUAUCCUACAAUCACUUGGAAGGUCCUCUUCCCAACACAAAAGCAUUUGAAGAUGCUCCAUUUCAAGCAUACAGAAAUAACAAUCAAUUGUGUGGCAAUAAACCUAGUUUGAUGCCAUGCUCACUGAAGCAAAACAAAGGAGAUAAAGGGAGAAAUCAUAAAAAAACUGUGAUUCAGGUUGUAAUUCCUAUCCUGGGCAUUUUAUUUUUUAUUGUUGCUAUGAUUUUUCUUGUUCAUCGCAACAAAAUGGGAGACAAUGAAAUUGAGCCAAAUAGAGCAACUAAUAAGGAUAUGUUUGAGAUUUGGAGCUGCGAUGGAAAAUUGGUUCAUGAAAGUAUCAUUGAAGCAACAGAGGAUUUCAAUAACAAGUAUUGCAUUGUAGUAGGAGGACAAGGGGCUGUUUAUAGGGUUGAGCUCCCAAGUGGUCAGGUUGUCGCAGUAAAGAAGUUUCAUCCUUCGCAAGAUGGAGAGUUGACUGAACUAUGGAGUUUUACGAGUGAGAUUCGUGCCUUGACAGAGAUACGACAUCGGCAUAUCAUAAGGCUUUAUGGUUAUUGUUCACAUCCACGACACUCAUAUUUGGUGUACGAGUUCUUGGAAGGGGGGAGCUUGGACAAGAAACUCAGUUGUGAGGAAGAAGCAUUAAGUUUGGAUUGGGAUAAGAGGAUGAAUGUUCUUAAAGGUUUGGCAGAUGCUUUGUCAUAUAUGCACCACGGUUGUUCACCCCCAGUCAUUCAUCGUGAUAUAUCAAGCAAGAAUGUCUUGCUAGACUUAGAAGAUGUUGCUCAUCUCUUUGACUUUGGGACUGCUAGACUUCUUAACCUGCACUCAUCAAAUUGGACUUCCUUUGUAGGCACCUACGGAUAUGCUGCACCAGAACUUGCUUACACAAUAGAGGUGAAUGAGAAGUUAGACGUCUAUAGCUUUGGAGUUUUAACAUUAGAAGUUAUAAUGGGAAGGCAUCCAGGGGAUCUCAUCUCAUCUCUUUCUUCAUCAUCUUUGGAUUCACCACCACCAUCUUCUUAUGGUAUGCUAUUGAAGGACGUAUUGGAUAAACGACUCCCACUACCAAGGAAUGAGGACGGGGAAGCAGUGGUUCUUGCCGUAAAGCUAGCACUCGCAUGUUUGGAGCCCAUCCCACGGUGCCGACCAAGUAUGGAACAAGUUUCUGCGGCUCUAUCAAAACAGAAGCCACACUUGCAGAGCCCGUUCCAUAUGAUCACCUUAGGACAACUACUAAUUGAUAACAAUUGUCCAAAUUCCUAAGUGCUCCUGUUGUCCCUUCUGUUUGGGUUUUGGCUCUCCAUUUGUUUAUUGUGCAAUGUAUGGAGUUUCCUAGCUGGAAUUGGUUCCAAGGUUUUGUAUUUUUGUUUGGGUAAGUUAAGGAUUUUAUUGAACAAACUUGAUCAUACAAGAGGUAGGGGCAUACCUCAGAAAAGUACAAUUAAAGCACCUAAUUAACCAACAACCCAAAAUACUAGGGCAUAAGAUUUUCUAUUAGUUUCAUAACCAUUGUUACUUU